AUGUCUGUUCAGUCGAUCAAGGAAAAGAAUGACGCUGAUGAUCUCAAUCCUCCGAAUAUUGAAGUUGGAGCGCUGGGGUCUUCAUAUCAAUUUUCACCCAGUGCAGAGAAGAGGCUUGUCUGGAAGAUUGAUUUGAUGGUACUUCCUAUCAUGCUGUUUGCGUACAUGAUGGCCUUCCUGGAUAAACAAACAUUGAAUUACGCUGCCCUCAUGGGCAUUCGUGAAGAUCUUCAUCUAGUGGGCACCCAAUACAACUGGUCGUCUAGCAUAUUCUACUUCGGCUACUUGGUCUUUUCCUACCCAGCAUCAUUGUUGAUGGUCAAAUUUCCACUUGGAAAAUAUCUUUCUACAGUAUUUAUCCUGUGGUCCAUUGUUCUGGCAUGCCAUGCUGCUACUACCAAUUUUGCAGGCUUGAUGGUUGUGCGAUUUUUCCUCGGGUGCACCGAAGCCAGUCUCUCCCCGGGCUUCACUCUGAUCACAUCCCUUUGGUAUAGAACAUCUGAGCAACCACUCCGCCACGGAAUUUGGUUUUGCGGAAACUCUCUAUCUCUGAUUUUUGGAAAUUUGAUUGCUGUUGGUAUCUUACAGAUUGAUGAUCGUCUCAAAGCGUGGCAGUGGCUUUUCAUCAUAUUCGGAAUCAUCACAUUAUUGUGGGGUGUGGUCAUGUUAUUCCGGCUCCCCGAUUCACCAGCUACGGCCAGCUUCCUUACCGACGAAGAGAAAUUCAUUGCGGCCGAGCGACUGAAGGCAAACCAAACCGGGUUCAAAAAUUCGAACAUUGACAAAUCCCAGAUCAAGGAGGCAUUUAUAGAUGUCAAGACUUGGCUGCUUGCACUCUUGAUAUUGGCUGCAAACAUUCCAAAUGGUGGUUUCACAACGUUCAAUGGAUUGGUCCUCCAAGGAUUCGGGUUCUCGACCUUUCAUACUCUUCUUCUUGGUAUGCCAGGUGGUGUAAUUGUGUUCAUAUUCGUGCUACUCUCUGGUAUCAUCUCGUCAAAGAUUGCCAACACUCGGUGUCUUGUUAUGGUUGGAUGCAAUGUGAUCAGUAUUGUUGGCAGUGCCCUUGUCUAUGCCACCGGCUCAGUAGGCUCUCGUUAUGCAGGUCUCCUUUUGAUGGGGAUUUACUCCGCCGCAAUGCCUAUCUCAAUGGCAAUGAUCAGCUCUAACAUCGGUGGUUUUACGAAGAAAGCCACUGUCAGCGCAAUUUACUUCAUUAUGUACUGCGCCGGAAACAUCAUCGGACCUCAGCUUUUCUUCGAGGAAGAAGCACCAAAGUAUCAGGUAUGUGCGAACAUUCAAUCAAUCACUCUCGAUAAUUAG